AUGUCAAGCUUUUAAAUAAAUUUAAAGUAUUUCAAAGAAUAUUGCUAGCAGUUCCCGGCUCGUUCAGCUGGCUGUGGCAAGGAGCAGCGAGUGAUAGGAAGACGUUGCUGAGAGGUGCGGGCGCUGCUGCAAGAUGGCCGUCAACAACAAGAUACAGAUAUUUCCGUCUCGCGCCAAUGCGGUGCUGAUGGGUCAGAAGAUCAUGGCCGCCCAGCGCGGCAUUCGGCUGCUGAUACGCAAGCGCGAUGCAAUCGAUUUGAAGCUGCGGGAGCUGAAGGCCCAGAUGGUUGCCAAGGGGGAUAAUUUGGAUGAUGUGAUGCGCAACGCCAUCUUCUCAGUGACCAAGGCGAAUCUGCUGGGCGCGGACUUCAAGCCCCUGACUGCCACAGACCAACGAAAGGCAACCACAUACUUGCGUAAGCGCCAGCAGAAGAUCGUGGGCGUGACGUUGAACUAUUUCGAUUUGGAGAUCACCGAUAUGAACUCCCAACCGCUGGUGGGCCUCAGCUGCGGCGGCCAACAGGUGCAGAAGGUGCGCAAGAACUUUCAAGGGGCGCUGAAGAUGAUCGUAGAGUACGCCUCGCUAGAGUACAUGCUGCGCCUGCUGAUGUACGCCUCGCAUCAGACCAAUAUGCGCAUCAAUGCCCUGGACUUUGUAGUCCUGCCGCAGCUGAGCGCUACGGCCAAGUAUAUCAGCAGUGAGCUGGAGGAGUUCGAGCGCGAGGACUUCUAUCGAUUGAAGCGCUCACAGGCCAAGCAGCUGGAGGCCAAGCGCGCCUUCACAGAGCUCAUCAAGACCAGGAAUAUGACGGAAGAGGAGCUGGCAACGUACGUGAAGCACGGUGGCCACGUCCAGCAUUUGCCUGAGAUCACUUUCGACGAAACACCAUUCGAGAGGGAGGCACCGGACCCGAAGCUACGCGAGGCCUACAUCAAGCGCCACUCCCUGAUCGCCACCCAGAUGAAACGCGCCGAGACCCAUAUACCGGAUCCACAUACCGCCGAGUACUUGAAGCACAUUGAUCGUGAAGAGGUGACGCUCUCCGUACGCGCUCAGUCGCUGAUACCACAGUAUAGUUCAUCCGAAUCCAGCAACGAAGAUACCUAAGUAUCACUUUAUCGAAAGUCGAUGUCUCACUGAAGAUGCUUAGAUAUAUACUUGA